AUGAGCCAAAACCGAAGCGAUCAAAAUUUAUUGACUCAUAAAAGAACAAAUGUUGAGUCUUCAAGUUCAAAUGUGGUUUCUGAACCUUCCAUAUCCUCUCCAAAUAUUGAUGUUGAACCUCAACCUUCCAUUCCUGAACCACAAAAUAAUAUCAACGGUCUUGAACGUGAUCCUGGAUUACGUUGUGCCAUAUGGAAAUAUCCAGUGAAUGAGCGUGAUAGUAUUCGAAAAGCCUAUGUUUUGUUGGGUCCAUUUCAACCUGAGUUAGAAUUUCCAUUCACUGAACAAGGGAGUCAACAAUGUAGAUUUCAGUUUUCUUGGUUCAAGGAUAAUCCAUGGCUUGAAUAUUCAAUUGCUCUUGAUAGGGCGUAUUGCUUUCCUUGUUUUCCAUUUGACACUGAAGAUUCUCACUAUCCAGCAUUCACCGUUGAUAGGUUUAAGGCUUGGAAGAGGGUUUGUGGUGGUGAUAAUGUGUUGAUGAAGCAUGUAGGAGGCCUUAAUUCUCCCCAUCAUGCUGCAAUGCAAAAAUGGGAUUUAUUAAGAAAUCCUACCAAACAAAUUGAAACAAUUUUUCAGUCAAAAUGUAGUAAGGAUAUAGAGGACAAUCGAUUGAGGCUUAAGGCUUCAAUAGAAAGUGUAAGAUUGCUAGCUAAUCAAGGAGCUCCUUUUAGAGGCCAUGAUGAAACUGAAAACUCAUUGAAUGCGGGAUAUUUUAGAGAAGUCAUAAAAUCUUUUUCAAGAAUGAGUGUAGAGGUUGAGAGAGUUGUUUUGGGAAAUGCUCCCGGAAAUGCCAAGUACAUUAGUCCAUCAAUUCAAAAGCAACUUCUAAAUAUUCUUGGUAAUAAAGUGAGGAACAAGAUACGUGAAGAAGUUGGAGAUUCCAAAUAUUGUAUUCUUGUUGAUGAAGCAGUAGAUACAUCUAGUAAGGAAUAA